AAAUUUCAUGUCAUUUGCAUUAAAAAAGCCCGCUUAGAGCCGCUCUUAUCGACUUAAACUAGAGGAGGUAGAAAUCACACGCCAACUAUCAAAUUACAAGAUAUUUACUUAUCUAUCAACCCCUUCCAAUUUCAGAGAGGGUUUGAAUUGAUUAUUCGUAGAGCACAUCAAUGGCUUCUUUAUCGUCAAUAAGAUGCGGUCGAUUAAGCACGGUUACUGCUGCAAUUGCGAUUAAACGCCUCACCCAUAGAAAGUCGUCUAGACUUUUCACUAAUGCCUUUGAAUGCACCCUCAUAUCGUACUCUCCUGCAUAUUAUUCUCAUGCUUUACACACAGUUCGUGCUGCAUCUGGUUUGGGACAAAAGAGUGAUACAAACAGUCCAGCAAAUCAAGGAAGCAAAAAGCCUUUAGAUACAUGGAAAAUAAAAAUGCUAUAUGAUGGGGAGUGCCCAUUGUGUAUGCGCGAGGUUAAUAUGCUUCAAGAAAGGAACAAGCUUUAUGGGACGAUCAAAUUUGUUGACAUAAGUUCAGAUGGGUAUUCUCCAGAAGAAAAUGCAGGACUUGAUUACAAGACGGUAAUGGGACGAAUACAUGCUAUUAUCAAUGAUGGGACAGUGCUCACUGAUAUUGCGGCAUUCAGGGGACUAUAUGAAGAAGUUGGGCUUGGAUGGGUGUAUGCCAUCACAAAAUAUGAGCCGAUAGCGACCAUCCUUAAUGCUGUAUAUUCUAUUUGGGCCAAAUACCGCUUGGAGAUUACAGGACGCCCUCCUCUGCAACAAGUACUAGAGGAAAGACAACGGAAAAAGGAUGAGGCAUGCAGUGAUGAAGGCCGUUGUCGUAUGAAUUGAUCUACUCUUAGAAAAAACUCGAUAAUGAAUAUAAACAAAAUAUGAUCCACUAUUGUUGUAUAUAGACCGUGUUGUACAUGAGAACAAGAAAAGGCAUAUUACAGGACUAUUUGCUUUAUUUUGACUUUCUUUGAUAACAAUUCGGCUCUAAUAUCAAUGGGACUAUAUUUGCAUUAGAAAAUAUGCAUCUACCAAUAUGCUCAUGUGUGAUUUAAGGAUUUUGGAGAGUGACUGUAUAUAUUUUUUUUUUCCAUCAAUCACUUUACAAAUGAAUA